AUGUGUCCUGCCCAUGGUGGCUCAAGUGCAGUACAUCCUGAGGAAUCUGUGCUUGCAGGCAGUGCCAAGGAUGACUGUGGGUUGCCCCUGGGCCUCACUCUGCAACCUUUUGCAAAGGUGCCCAGCUUGCAGCGGGGAAGGGAUAGCCUUCAGAAGGCGGCAUCCAUUCCCAGAUGCUCGGAUUGCUACUCGUACCUGAACUGCUACUGUCCGCUCGAUCAGUGGGGCUGGACAUGUGCCAUAUGUGGGAUUUAUAAUGCCCACUCUGAAACAGCCAAACGAAGAUAUGCAAAUAUUACCCAAGACAGGCUUCCAGAAGAACUGAAACUCAAUUUGCUUGAAGUGGAAUGUGAUGCACCUGUGGCGGAUGAUGAAGAUGAGGCCCCAUGGUCACCACAGGCAAACCUGCCCUCAGAGAGCUGCCCCAUCUACAUCAUGCUUGUGGACACUUGUUCUUCUGACGACUUCUUGGAAGAAAUCAAAAAUGCCCUGGCCACUGCACUAGAAGCUCUCCCACCCUAUGCACUUUUUGGCCUUCUGAGCUUUGAUGACAGGGUGAGCCUGUAUGAUGUGAAAGGUGCCGUUCCGUCACAAAAGAAGAUAGCUGUCCUGGACUCUGGCCCCUUGCUUUGUCCUCUUGGCGAUAUCAUUCCCCUCCAGCGUCUUCUUGCCCCAGUUGGUGACUGCAAGGAGUGUAUCCUCAAGGCGUUUGAAGGUUUGCGAGCAAAUGCACCUGGCAAGGUUCGUGUUCUCUACAUAGGACAACAACACGGAUCCAUCUAUCACUCCAAGGCGGCCUAUCGUGGGCUCACCUUAUGA